UUUUUUCACAAAGAGUCGGAAAAACAACAGACAUAAAAAUCUUCGGAAUUCCCAUGUUUUAGCUCUUAUCUUCUCCUUCAAUAGCUCGGCUAAACUGAGCCAUAUCUUCAAUCUCAAAUUCAAGAUCAUAAAGAAACAAGGUAAAUCCUACACAUUCUCUGAGGCCAAUUUACCACUUGUUUAUCAAAUUAGAUUGUGGCAAAUCUUGCAGUGGGUGGGUUCAUGGAAACUUCUUUUUACUAUUAAUAAAAAAAUGGCUUCUUUCCCUCUUGCUUGGAGCAAUGGGUUCUUGAUUGCACAAGAAAAGUUGAAUCUUUGUGUUAUAAAUUCUAAAGUUUCUGCGGCAGAUAGAACUCGCUCUUGUUCAAUCUCCAAGAAUAAUUUUGGCCCUGCCUCUAGUCCCUUUUUGUUGAGUAAUUGCUGUCGUAAACCGUAUCAUAGAUUGUCAUGUAGCAACAAGAUUAGAUUAAUUGGAAAUGAGAAGAUAAAUAUUGAUAGUCAGUUGGUUAGAGAAGGAAAUCAUGGGAAACGAAGGAGGUGGUUUUCCUUGAGAUUGCGCCCUAGGAUAAGGUUAUUGUCGAGGAGACUGAAAAGGGCUUCGAUUAGGUCGAUGCUCGAUGCCCUCGGAACGUUUCUCCGCAAGAAUGUGAAGAGAGUAACCUUUUCGACUUCUGUAUCUGUUGUUUUGGGGCUCUGCUUCUUGUUCCUCAAGUUAACUGCUAUGCCGAAUCCUAAAGGUGUUCCGUAUUCCGAGUUGAUAAUGAACCUUCAGAAUGGGAGUGUGUCCAAGGUGUUGUUUGAGGAGGGUACUCGUCGUAUAUAUUAUAACACUAAGUUGUCGACUGUGGAAGAUAAGUCAGUGAGUAAGAGUGAGGGUGUGCUUGAGAAUGAGCCCAACAAGGAUGCUUCACAGAAUAAUGUAGACGAGAAAGAUAUGCUUGUGAAACUGACAAAACAGAAAAAUGCAUCCCCUGCGUGGGAGUUUUCUACGAGAAAGAUUGAUCAUGAUGAGAGCUACCUCCUUAGUUUGAUGAGAGAGAAGGGUAUUUCGUAUGGCUCAGCACCUCAAUCAGUACUUACGUCGAUGAGGAGUAUGUUGAUCACAGUUCUUACGUUGUGGAUUCCUUUGACUCCUUUGAUGUGGAUUCUCUAUCGUCAACUUUCUGCUGCCAACAGUCCUGCCAAGAAGAGAAGACCUAGCAACCAAUUGGUUUGCUUUGAAGAUGUCGAGGGUGUUGAUGCUGCGAAGGUGGAGCUUAUGGAGGUUGUGUGUUGCCUCCAAGGAUCAAUUAACUACACUAAAUUGGGGGCCAAAUUACCCAGAGGCGUGUUGCUCGUAGGCCCUCCAGGAACAGGAAAGACUUUACUUGCCCGUGCUGUUGCUGGAGAAGCAGGAGUACCAUUUUUCUCUGUUUCUGCUAGUGAAUUUGUUGAAUUGUUUGUCGGAAGAGGGGCUGCCCGCAUAAGGGACCUUUUCAGUGUUGCAAAGAAGAAUGCACCUUCGAUUAUUUUCAUUGAUGAACUUGAUGCGGUAGGUGGAAAGCGUGGAAGAAGCUUCAAUGAUGAAAGAGACCAGACACUGAACCAGUUGCUGACAGAAAUGGAUGGCUUUGACUCCAAUGUAAAUGUGGUUGUUAUUGCUGCAACAAAUAGACCAGAAGCCUUGGAUCCAGCUCUUUGUCGACCUGGCCGGUUCUCCAGAAAAGUAUACGUCGGAGAGCCAGAUGAAGAAGGGAGGAAAAAGAUUUUGGCUAUACAUCUUAGAGGAGUUCCUCUUGAGGAAGACUUGGCCCUUAUUUGCAACCUAGUUGCAUCCCUUACCCAAGGCUUUGUCGGGGCUGAUCUUGCAAACAUUGUCAACGAGGCUGCCCUCCUUGCUGCUCGCAGAGGCGCUGAAAGUGUAUCGAGGGAAGAUAUCAUGGAAGCUAUAGAAAGGGCAAAGUUCGGAAUAAAUGAUGAGAGGCAACGGAAUCCAAAUACGAUAAGCAAGGAACUCGUAAAAAUGUUUCCUUGGAUGCCCUCUCUUAUGAAUAGAAAUGAUUCUAGAAGAGAUGGGAUGCAAGGGCUAGGCUAUCAAACUUUGAGCUAAUAAACGUGUUUCCGAUCUUUUAUCUGUUUGUGGAAUGAAACAUGUUUUCGAGUGCAUAAUCUUCACAUCAGCACUAUUUCUUCAGCACUAGCUCAGAAUUUGUCUUCAAGGAAGGGUCCUCGACUCCAUUUCUACAUCCAAAGGUUAGCAUCACCAUCAUCAGUUUGAUAAUAUUUCCAUUUCGUUUCUUCUCAUUGACUAGUCGUGUUUUCACUUCUUAUCACCACUGCUCAUUAGAAUGAUAAAAGAGUAAAAUGCAGUAGUAGCAGGAGGAACUCGAUGAGUGAUGCACCAUUUCAUUUGAAUUAAAAGUCGUCAUAUUGUUGUCUGGGAUGCAUAAUUUUGAAACUCUGUAGACGUAGCGAGUGUCAUGCGCCAUAAGAUAUAUGAUCCGUCCCCUUCUGCUGCGCUUCUUUGAUUUUUCAUGUACUUGAUCUGGCUCGAUUCGAAGCAUCAAUAAGUUGUUUGAUUUAAUGUCAUAAUUCAGUAAGGUAGGGAGUGGUAGCAGCAGAUACUGCAUGUUCCCAUGUUUGAGAUAUGCUUAUAUUUGACUGUUCUAAUCCUAAUGUGUCUUGUUAUAUAAUACUACUUAUAUACUAUAAUCCAUUUCAUUUGA